AUGACUACUGCCGCACGACCUUAUUACCGCCACGCCUCCCCUCUAUCAGUAUUCAACCCAGCUCAAGGCUUUGCUGCCGACGCGCCAAUGAUGCAGCGCAUUGACGUUGGCGACUCGUCCGACGAUGAGAUCCCGCCGCCCAUGAAGUUCAGCGCUCUUACCAGGGCUCUCCUCGACGCUGCGCGCGACUACGAGACACCUAGCAGAGCUCCGCAAUUGAAGAUUACUCGUCACGCCUCAGCAGAGUCAUCAGCACAUCCUGGUUCUGUACGCGUCAAGAGGGCUCCUGGCGCUUUCCUCAGGGGUGCUCCAGUGAGAAGAGGUUUCCGCAGACGCGAAAGUGACGACAAUCAUGACGCAGCUGAAGACCAAGAGAAUAUUCCUCCACCAACCUUCAAACGCGACAGACACCAUGACUUCAAGUAUCUUGGAAAGCCCGAAAAGAUUGCGUUGCACUCCAAAUCUCAACCUGUCGAGGAGACUCCAAUGUCUGGAGUCUCACAUCAAUCACCUCGGAGAGCACUCACAUCGAUCAGCAACAACACUCCUGUCAGACCCGCUCCUCCCCCACCACCGAAAAUGAGUGUUUUGGACGCUGCAACAAAAACUGCCGGUGCGAGCACUACCAAGAGCAAGAAAAGACGCCAACACAUUCUUAUCAACGGAAAGCUAUUCACUCAAAUGAACAAGGUUGGAAAGGGUGGUAGUAGUGAUGUCUACUGUGUCAUGGCCGAGAAUUACAAACUCUUUGCCUUGAAAAAGGUCAAGCUCGAAGAUUGUGAUGAAUCGGCCAUGCGCGGCUUCAAGGGCGAGAUUGACCUUCUUGAGAAGCUCGCAGAUGUCGACCGUGUUAUUCGACUCUUUGACUGGGAACUGGAUAAUGAGAAGCAGAUUCUCAGCGUGCUGAUGGAGAAGGGUGACCAAGAUCUGAACCGCAUCUUGACAAUCGCGCUCAAUGGUUCAGAUCCAAAGUUCGACCCAGUUCUGACACGCUUCUACUGGAAAGAAAUGCUUGAAUGUGUUCAAGCUGUUCACGACUACGAUAUCGUUCACUCAGAUCUGAAACCUGCCAACUUCUUAUCAGUACAAGGCAAGCUCAAGCUCAUCGAUUUUGGUAUCGCAAACGCCAUCGAUAUUGCUCAUACAGUCAAUGUCCAUCGCGACUCUCAUAUCGGAACCCCCAACUAUAUGUCACCAGAGAGCAUCUUGGAUACAAAUGCACCCACACCUGGCAGCGAACGCACCUCAAACAAUGGCAGUCGCCUGAUGAAAAUCGGCAAGCCUUCGGAUGUCUGGUCUCUUGGCUGUAUUCUAUAUCAAAUGGUUUACGGUCGUCCACCUUUCGCACACAUCGCCAAUCAGAUCAGUCGUAUCAUGGCUAUAACGAACUCGAAGGUUGUUAUCGAAUUCCCGGACAAGGGUGUUGGUGGUGUCACCGUACCUUCUGCGCUAAAGGGCACUCUCCGUCGAUGCCUGCAACGUGAUUUGCACGCUCGUCCAACCGUCAAGCAACUUCUUAGCCAUUCGGAUCCUUGGUUGUAUCCUGACGUCGGUAAUGCCGUCGCCAUGAGCGAGGACCUGCUUGCACAAAUCAUCGACAAGGUUGUCGAGAGAUGCAAGGACCCGAAACGUGGUAUACCCUCUCCUGAUGAAGUCAAGCAAUACCCCGCUAGCUUCAUGUCCAAGAUUCGCGAGAUGGUCGAGCGCGACGGUGUCGUAGGGUGA